CGUAACACGUAAAUGACGCAGACGCCCACUGGGUUCUAAAAGAAACACAGAAACAUUUACUGUCUUCAGAAUCAGCACAACCAUGAAUUGGAACAAAGGUGGGCAAGGAGUGAAGCGUGGGUUUGGCUUUGGAGGUUUUUCCCUUGCAGGAAAAAAAGAGGAGCCUAACGUUCCUCCAAGAUCUCAAACAGCAUUUGGAUCUUCUGGAUCAAGUGGGGGUUAUGGAAAAAGCCCACAGCUUCCAUCUUUCUAUAAAAUAGGAUCCAAAAAAGCUACUUUUGAUGAAGAAAAUGCGUACUUUGAAGAUGAUGAAGAAGAGUCCAGUAGCAAUGCCGACCUUCCCUACAUUCCUGCUGAGAACUCACCCACACGGCAGCAGAUGCAGUCGAGUGGCGGUGGUGGCUCAGAUAGCGAAGAUGACCCUUUAGAUGCCUUCAUGGCAGAGGUUGAGAGCCAAGCAGCGAAAGACAUGAGGAAACUAGAAGAAAAGGAGAAAUCCUCAUCCAAGGGUAUUCGUGAUGACAUUGAGGAAGAAGAUGAGCAAGAAGCCUAUUUCCGCUACAUGGCAGAGAAUCCUACAGCCGGGCUGACCCAAGAGGAAGAGGAGGAAAACGUCGACUAUGACAGUGAUGGAAAUCCUAUUCCUUCUACGACCAAGAAAAUAAUCCUGCCCCUGCCGCCUAUUGAUCACUCAGAGAUUGACUACCCACCCUUUGAGAAAAACUUUUACAAUGAACAUGAGGAGCUAAGCAGUCUCACAGGUACUCAAGUGAUGGAGUUAAGGCAGAAGCUGAACUUGCGGGUUUCUGGCGCUGCCCCUCCAAAACCUUCCACCAGCUUUGCCCAUUUUGGCUUUGAUGAGCAGCUUAUGCACACAAUUCGAAAGUCUGAGUAUACACAGCCCACACCAAUUCAGUGUCAGGGUGUCCCGAUUGCCCUCUCUGGACGCGACAUGAUCGGCAUUGCAAAAACUGGAAGUGGUAAAACUGCAGCUUUUAUCUGGCCAAUGCUGGUUCAUAUUAUGGAUCAGAAGGAGCUGGAGCAGGGAGAGGGGCCUAUUGCAGUGAUUGUUUGUCCCACCAGAGAGCUUUGUCAGCAGAUCCAUGCUGAAUGUAAGCGUUUUGGAAAAGCCUACUCGCUGCGUUCUGUAGCUGUUUAUGGAGGAGGCAGUAUGUGGGAGCAAGCCAAAGCUCUGCAGGAGGGAGCAGAGAUUGUAGUCUGCACACCAGGUCGAUUGAUUGACCAUGUUAAAAAGAAGGCUACGUCCUUGCAGAGGGUGACAUACUUGGUUUUUGAUGAGGCUGAUCGCAUGUUUGACAUGGGCUUUGAAUAUCAGGUGAGAUCAAUUGCAAGCCACGUUCGCCCAGACAGGCAAACUCUUCUCUUUAGCGCCACCUUUCGAAAAAAGAUUGAGAGGUUGGCAAGGGACAUCUUAGUUGAUCCUAUUCGGGUCGUGCAGGGAGACAUCGGAGAGGCCAAUGAGGAUGUGACUCAGGUGGUGGAGCUGCUGCACAGUGGAUCAGAUAAAUGGAACUGGUUGACCCGAAGGCUGGUCGAGUUCACUUCCACUGGCUCUGUCCUCAUUUUUGUUACCAAGAAGGCUAACUCUGAGGAACUGGCCACUAACCUAACUCAAGAGGGAUACAGCCUUGGUCUCCUGCAUGGAGAUAUGGACCAGAGUGAGAGGAACAAAGUCAUCAGUGACUUCAAGAAGAAGAACUUACCCGUUCUGGUUGCCACUGAUGUAGCCGCCCGUGGUCUGGACAUCCCGUCGAUUCGCACAGUAGUGAACUAUGAUGUGGCACGCGACAUCGACACACACACUCACAGAAUCGGUCGAACAGGUCGCGCUGGAGAGAAGGGUGUGGCCUACACCCUGCUCACAGGCAAAGACACCUCAUUUGCUGGUGACCUGGUGCGGAACUUGGAGGGAGCAAAUCAAGCUGUUCCUAAGGAGCUCAUGGAUUUAGCCAUGCAGAAUCCCUGGUUCAGGAAAUCACGCUUUAAGGGGGGUAAAGGGAAGAAGCCCAACAUCGGUGGAGGUGGUCUUGGUUAUAAAGAGCGACCAGGCCUGGGGGCUGAAAGCUCUGAACGUAGCAGCAGCUUGUCUUCCUCUAGUGGUUUUGAAGGCUAUAGUAAACCAACAACAGGGGCGAUGGGGGACCGCAUGUCUGCACUGAAACAAGCCUUCCAGGCACAGUACAAGAGCCACUUCAUUGCUGCAACCAGUGGACCUCCAAAGCUCAGCACCAAGUCCAGCAGCUCCUCCUGCUGGACGAGUGCUGGAAGCCUGAACUCUGUGCCAACAGAGGCUGCCAAUGGCUCUGAGCGACACAACAUGGCUGCUUUUUCAAUGCCUGGUUUCAUGAGCGCUGGCUCCCUGAGUUCAGUGCCCAACGUUCAAACCAGUUCACAGCAAAAUAACCCUUCGCCUGCACCUCCCACGCACAGAGAGAGUCCUCGCGACAGAUAUGGAGACUCCCAGGGACGCUCUGGAGACAGCCAUCACCGCUACAGUGACAGAAGUGAUCGUCACAGUGGUGAGGAUCGCUACGGCGACCGGGAUCGACACGGUGACAGAGAUCGUGACCGCCAUGGCGACAGGGAUCGCCACAGCAGCAGGCACAGUGACAGCCGUAAUGGUGAUGGAAGCAGGAGGGACAGAGAUGAGCGAAGAGGUGAUAGGGAUGGGGGAGACAGGGGAAGUGGGGAGGGGAGGGACAGAGGAGAUGAUAGCUUUGCUGUUCCUGAACCACCAAAACGUAGAAAGAGCCGGUGGGACAACUAAGAAGAAAUAAGUUAACUCGUCUCAGCUCCCCUACAUCCAGGCACCCAACUGCGCCAUUAAGAGUCGGUCUGUUUAGGCAGAUGACUGAGGCAUAUCACAAAGUGACACGAGCAGACCUAUUGGAGGGGGUUUGGAUAUAAUGGUCAAAAGAGUUGGUUUGACUCAAUAUGUGGUCCCAACUCAAUAAAGUUGGUUCAGUUCAGAAAAAUCCUAAACACCAAGAUAAAUCAUAAACCAUCCAACUGAUAUUCCUUAGUCAAGUCAAGCUAAAGAGCUGUGAAUUCUAAAAGUAAUUAAAAUAAUUGCAGUUUAAGAUAGAUGCUUAUGGGCUUACAAACCUCAUGAUUUGUAUAUUUUCAUUUUGUGUACUACAUAACUUUGUUAAAGUCAUAGGCCGCAGAUAAAUGAACAUGUGAAAUUAACCGUGUUGCUCUUCUUGUGUGAUGUAUUCAUGUUUUAGUGGAGUGCCUUUUCAUGGCAUAGUGUAUAUCACAAACAAUAAAAACAU